UGUGGGGAGCUCUGCCCUCAGCCAAGUGGCUGUGUUGUGCCAUUGCUGGUGGAGAAUCAAAAUAUAAUUUCCUUUUGAAAGACGUGGUGGGAAAUAAAUGCUGCCGAAUUGUUCCGUCGUCACACCCUGCUAACGGAGCGAUCGCAGCGAGACAGAGACAUCGCUUGAUAAGAGCUAAAUGAAAACGACAUUCAGCAUGCGUGUGGGAUCGUUACCAUCACUCUAAUAAUAAUAAUAAUAAUAAUAAUAGGAUGUCAUUGCUUAUGCUUUUUAUAACCUUGAAGUCCGAUUUAAAGGAUGCAAAGACCAAUAUAUAAUAAUAAUUAUUAAACAGGAUUAAGCAUCUUAAUUAGAAACGAUAAUUAAUGAGACACGACGCGCUGUCAUUUGUCGCAGUGCAAUGGAGGGUCGCAGCACGGCUUGUGCGAAUGACAGCAUAUAACAAAUUCACAGCUGUAAUGUAACCGAGGCAAACUCGACUAGCGCCCUCGGUCUUUCUGAAAGGAGUGCUCGGACUAGCAGGGGAGGGGGUGGGUGUGUUUGUGUCGUUCGGUGCUUUCCGCCCUGCACCUCAGCUGCAGUGUGUGUACCGGUGGUGCGGGGCUGUAAAAGACCAUGCAUUCACUCCCAACAGGGCUGAAGGAGAAGGACAAGUUCAACUCUGGCUGAACCUUGUUUUUUUUUUGUUUUGUUUUGUUUUGUUUUUUUGUUUUAAGCGCACCAGUUCAGAAAUAAACACGACGACUUUCUGGAGCGAGCUUACCCGGGACUGCUAAUGCAAUGCUGGCAUCGACUACAGCACGACUACCGGCACCAUGUCACCGGAGAACACGUAACAACAACAUAUCCUCAUAAAUAAAUAAAUAAAUAGAUAGAUAGGCAGGCAUCGUUAUUAUUUUUUUGCAUUUUUGCAACAGAGGUCUCUUUGAAAAUAAUAAUACUGAUGCAUUAUGGUUACUAAUUCAUGCACAAUAUACAUAUAUAAAUAGUUUUUACUUUAAUAUUGUAUUUAUUUGUUAUCCUGUAUGUUGAUCGCUGCAUCUCGCCAUGGACAGCAGAGACAGCAAGACUUGCAUGCAAGUGCAUCACCCUGUUAAACCAGUGACGCGCGUGCUGUUAUUAGUAUUUAAAUAACAAUAGCCAUUAUAAUUAUGUAUAUUAUAGGCUGUAUUAAUAUAUCGGCAUGCGACUGCGGUACUUCAUAUCAAUACAGAAGAAUUUUUUUUUUUUUUUUUUUUUGCUGACUCUUAGCUUCUGUGAAGAGGAGCUGUCAUUCCCGUCUAACUGUCCUAAUAAUAGUAAUAGUUAUUGUUAUAAUAAUACUACUGAUUGCGUACGAUAUUUGGAAAUUAAGAAUGGCCGGGCUUGUUUUUAAGGAUUUCAGCUGGCUGUUCCUGGUUGCUGUCUUCUUUGCUUCUUUGCUCACGGUUCUGGCCUGGCUCGUUCAGUACUCGCUCGGAAUCGUUCGCCGCCAAGGUCGGAAAGAGCCGAACACCUGCGGUUCGGCAGCCGGACCCGGGGCCUUCCCCGCCCAUCAACAGGCCUGGGGGGUAUGGGGUUCCUUGCUGAAGUUGGGGUUCGGCCGGGAAGGAGGAAGAGGAGGAGGCGCUGCUGGAGGGGAACCCGGGGCCGGGGUGAAGGGGCUGCUGUCUUCGCUGUUCGCCUUCAAGUCGUUCAAGGAGAGCUGGCAGCGCACCUGGGUUCGAGCGCUCAAUGAGCAAGCCUGUCGGAACGGGAGCUCCAUUCAGAUCACCUUUGAGGACAGUCCACAGCUCCCCGUCUCCGCCAGCAUCAGUCAUGUGACCUGCACGGACCAAUCGAAGAACAGAAUGGUUCUCCAGUGUCGCUUCACAGCUGACACGGUGACAUUUCCAGUGACUGUAACUCAACAAUCACCAGCUGCUGUUUCCAUGGAUAUGUACCAGGUUGCCAUGGAACCCUUGGAGGCUCAGUUGGAGAUCUGCCUAGAGGAGCUGCAGGAGGGGCUGCUGGUGUCCUGGACUUUCUCAGAGCGCCCCGUGCUGGCCCUGACUGUCACCCCGCGACUGCUGCAGAGAGCAGGGAGUGAUGAGAAGGUGGAUGUGGGCACUAUCCGAGAGCUGGUGGAAGACACGCUCGUGAGCACCCAGCCGGCCAUGAUCAUCAACCUGCAGUCCAGCGAGUCCAGCAGUGUGGUCCCAGGAGAGAGGCUAGUCAGGGGGCUGCCCUCCCCUUCCCGAGGGGGGGUCCCAGGACACAGGUUGCAGGUUCGACAGCUGAGGGCUUCUAACAUCAGCACGGCAGAGAAAGGAGGUCAAGGAGAGCUGUGCUGUGUGCUGGAGCUUGACAACCCCUCUCAGAUCAAGAGGACCCAGUUCCUGCCAGCUCCACAGAACCCCAGCUCUGAGCUGGACUGGAGAGAGGAGAUCCUGCUGGAGCUGGGAUUGAGGACCAAGGAGCUGAAGCUGAGUCUUGUGGAGAGAACCAGUCAAGGAGAACAUCCCCUGCCUGGUCAGGCUGCUAUCCCUCUGGACCCCCCCAGGGGCCUCCCUCUUGGCCGGCAGGUCUUGUCCCUGUGUCCUGCAGCAGGAGGGGUGUCUGCCGGGACUGUCUCCCUGGAGCUGAGGUACCUGGAGCCUGCAGACCCCCGCGAGACUCACCCCCCAGGAUCAGCGCUGACCUCCCUCACCCCCACCAAGAAGGUAGAGAGGGACCGAACUGUCAUGCCGGACGGCACCAUUGUUACCACGGUGACCACCAUCCAGUCACGCCCCAAGCUGGACCGCAAACUUGACUCUCCCUCACGCUCCCCCUCCAAGGUGGAGGUGACAGAGCGGGGGCCAGCGCUGAAACCAGAGGAAUACCAGGACGGGGUCACCCCCACCACCAGCACAGAGAGUCAGCUCUCCAAUGGGCUGGACCCGGUGGCAGAGACGGCGAUCCGACAGCUCACCGAGUCGGCGAGCAAGGCAGCUAAGAAGACCCCUACCAAGAGAAGCACCCUCAUUAUCUCCGGAGUCUCCAAGGUGCCGGUAGCGGAGGACAACACGUCUGUCUCAACCGGCUAUGCUGCAGCGAUGGACGCCGCCCUGCAGGGGGAGCCCUAUGGAGCCUCCGGUUCCACCAGUCACGCCGAGCCGCCACGCCCCACCGGCUCCCAGGGUGCACUGCAGCAGGACACGGAUGAGACCACCCAGUCUGACAUCUCAGAGAGGCCCUCAGUGGAUGACGUGGAGUCUGAGACUGGCUCGACCGGGGCGCUUGAGACACGCAGCCUCAAGGACCACAAAGUCGGGUUCCUGCGCAGCGGAACGAAGCUCCUGUUCCGUCGCCGUCAUCGCCAGAAGGACCCGGGAUUCAGCCAAUCACACGAGGACGUCACCAACGUGGGAAACGGCUCGGCUGCGUGCAAGAAAUCUGGAGGUUUCUCCAGACGCCUCAUCAAGCGCUUCUCCUUCCGCUCCAAAUCCAAGGGCAAGGCCAGUGCGAACGGAGGAGCGGCGGGGAGUGAGAACUGAGGAGGAGGAGAGAGCACGGGGAGCAGGGGAGCCGGGCAGGGCAAUGCAAGAACCAGGCACGUGUUAAACAAACAAACUGUUGUAGUUUUAUCUGCAGUGAAAGGGCAAUCGUAAUUUCAAAAAGCUUAAUCGGAAAACUUGUAAGGUAAAACUAGAAGUCAGGUAGCAGGGAUGGAACUAAGACUCCCAUUGCACAGGAGUUUGAUCCAUUCCUGAUUUUACUAUGACUUUAGAAAGACACACCUGAGCUUGC